CCCUUCGUUGUAACUGCUCGCAUUUGUAUAUCACAGUUAUUAUAUUGUAAGAAACUAAUCGGAAGUUAGCUGAUAGCAGGGCUAUGGAUGUUUUAAAGGAUAUUGA